AUGGCAACUCAGUAUGAAAUCCAGGAGGUUGUUGGCAAGGGGAGUCAUUGUGUUGUUGCAGCUGCAGUUGAUACUCAUAGGAUAAAAGUGGCUAUAAAAAAAAUGAACAAUGUUUUUGAACAUAUUCCUGAUGCUACUCUCAUUCCAAGAGAAAUCAAGCUUCUGAGACUGCUUCAACAUCCAUAGAUUGUUGAAAAAAAGCAUAUAAUGCUUCUACCAUCCCCAAGAGAAUUUAAAGAUAUAUAUAUUGUUUUUGAGUUGACGGAAUCUGAUCUUCCCCAGGUAAUCAAGGCAAAUGAUGAUCUCACCCCCGAACAUUAUCAGUUCUUCUUGUAUCAGCUUUUUCGAGCUCUGAAGUAUAUACGUACAGCAAAUGUGUUCCAUCAAGAUUUAAAGCCAGAAAAGAUCCUUGCAAAUGCAGACUGCAAAAUCAAGGUUUGUGAUUUUGGGCUUGCUUGUGCAUCGUUCAGUGAUACCCCAUCAACUAUUUUUUAGACUGUUAAAUGCCUUUUUUAUUAUUCAAAAUUUCAUCGUGCUCCUGAACUUUGUGGUUCCUUUUUCUCUAAAUGUACCCGUGCUUUUGAUAUCGGGAGCAUAGGAUGUAUUGCAGAAAUGCUUACAGGGAAACCAUUGUUUCCUGGGAAGAAUGUAGCGCACCAAUUGGAUCUUGUAACUGAUCUGCUGGGCACUCCUGCUGCUGAAUCCAUUGCAAGGAUUUGGAAUGACGAGGUGAGAAGAUAUUUCAGCAGCAUGAGUAAGAAGCCAUCAGUUCCUUUUGCAAAGAAAUUUCCUAAUGUAGAUCCAUUGGCUCUUCGUUUACUUGAGCAUUUGCUUGCAUUUGAUCCCAUAUGUCGUCCAUCAGCUGAAGAGGCCUUGUGAGAUCCAUACUUCGGUGUUUUGGCAAAUGUGGACCAUGAACCAUUCAUAGAGCCCAUUUCAAAACUUGAAUUUGAGUUUGAAAGGAGACUGGCAAAAGACAAUGUAAGAGAGCUUGUUUACAGGGAGACACUGGAAUAUCGUGCACAAAUGCUAAAAGAGUAUCUCAAUGGUGUAGCUGGGAGUAGUUACCUCUAUUUAAGUGGAGUUGAUAUCUUUAAACAACAAUUUGCCGAUCUUGAGGAGGACCAUGGGAAAGGAAAAAGAGGCACUCAUCAGAGGCAAUAUGUCUCUUUGCCUAGGGAACGGGUCUGUGCAUCCAGACAGGAGGCUUCAGACCAAAAUAACAAGUUUAGUAACCGUACUGGAGUUGCUAUUACUCCUACCACCUUAUCAUGCCAAGCAAGAGCGCAACGGAGCAACAAACAGGAAACUGCACAUGGGGGUAUAGCAGUUUUGCAAACUGGCUGCAGCAAACAAAACUACAGUGGUUGGUGCUGUUGAUGUUUUGAGACUUUCUGCAAAGAGGACAAGCUGUUACUCUCCACAGAGAAUCAAUUGUCAUUUUAUGUUUUUAAUAUUUUUUAUAAUUUUACUUAGUCAAUUUAGUUAUUGUGUAGUUGCUUGAUUUUAGGAUCAUGGUUAAGGUCAUGGUAGAUAGUUUGAAGUAGUGGAGGUAGUUACUUCACACUUUCUCUCAUGUAAUCAAUAGUAUAUAAGUUUCUCAUGUAUUCAAUAGAAUUGUUCUCG